GUUAACACGAACUUAAAAAUGCCUCCGAACGCAACGGAUUCAACCUUUAACUCGGAUCCCGAGGGCAAUGUAAAUAAUUUAAAAAGUGUUGAUCAAGUUCCACAGGCAGCAGUGGCAAAUACAGAAAGUUAUUCGUUGAAGAUAUUUCAAUCUUCACUAAAUCUACUGGCUCACAUAUUAAUUGGAGCUACAGUGUGGAUAUCAAUUCUUUAUUCGUUUAGAAAUGGAUUGCCUUUGGGAGCGACUCCGAUACAUAUUAUUUUGUGUGUGAUUGGUUACCAGCUACUAAUGGGCGAAGCGAUUCUAAGUUUAUGCCCUCAUAAUGGAUGGUCUGCUAGUCUUCGGUUAGUGGACAAGCGUAGGGCACACACUGUCUUGCAAAUUUUAGGCUCAGGACUUGCUAUCGCUGGAAGUAUAAUCAAAGCAUUAGACAAAUCAGUGAACUGGAACACGUUACAUGGUCAAUUUGGUCUGGUUGCUAUGGUGUUUACUUCCGUGUGUCUCGUUAACGGAUUGUCGUCGCUCUACGCCUUCGAAUUACGCAAAUGCCUUCCUGGAAAUUUGUCUAAAAUCACUCACAUCUGCUUCGGUAUCGUAGCCUUUGGUGCAUCGUGUAUCUGCCUCUGUUACGGUUUUGAUAAGAAUGGUUUCAAAAAUUGGUCAACACCUGCCCUUGCAUACACCUCUAUGGGUUUCACUGCCUGUUUCACGGCUAUUAUUAUCAUCAACCCAACGAUUACAUUCUUCAACAAAACUUUACGUGUCUUCAAAAAAUAAGGUAACAGUAUUAUUUUAACGUAUCGGUAUAAUAUAAAAACUUUUUGUAUUCGAAUCUCAGAAUCCUUACAAAAAAUAGGUUCAUAAUAGUUCUUUAAUAAGAUUUAC